UCGCACUGCACAGACUCCGGAGGAACGCAUCGAAUUAAUUGCUCGGCGCAACACUAUCGCGGCGGACGGCCCGCGGGCGGACGCUCCUCCAUUUUUAAAAUCGGAGGAAAAGCGCGCGAACACACGUCAAACGCGCGCGAGAAUUUUUAUUCGAAAUUUUUAUUACUUUCCGGCCAGUAUUUCCGUGUCAGUUUUAUUUUUUAAACAAAAAGGUUAGCAACGGAGAUGUGCUCGUGUUUUAUAAGACACCGAUAAGCAAUCGCGGCCGAGUGCAAAUGUCGCUGAUAUGAAACUGAGAGCGAGCGCAGUGCUCUAAUGAGUUUUAGAUCGGCGCGGCUUACGAUGGUCGCAUCAACAAACGCGGUCCCUUCGCGGAAUCCAGUGAAUCACACACCGGUUAUCGGGUUUUGAGCGAGUACGGCAUAAUGUGUGAAGUGACAAGUUGGAUUCCGACGGCCGUGGCGGCCACACUGCGCGAGGACCGUUCCGCUCAGCCUGUGAUCGCGUGGCUGGGCGCUAUUAGAGACUUCACCGAGGAGUACGACCCACUGAUCACUGUCAGAUCUCCCUCGCCAGAAUCCGAAGACUCCGACAAAACAAGCGCGUCCCCCGACAGUGCAUUCGACGAAAUACUUUCUCAGCUGGGCAAGGAGAUCUUCAAGCUAGACGAAUACCAAAAAAACCUCGCCCCCGAAGAAAAGGAAGUGUCUCUCAGCAUUCUCAACAUAUUCGACGAGUGCCUAGAAGGUAUGAGUGAUACGAAAGAAAAGUGUGUUGUGAAAACAGAAACAGUGAAAGAUUUAGUUAACGGUGUGGAAGAAUGUAGUGAUGGUGAAUCGACUCUAUCUGAUGUGUCGUUCGUGACCAGUACGCCUAUUGCGGCGAAGGUCGAAGUGCCAGAGAAAGUUCCUCCGAUCCCUCCAAGGAGAGGUCGUUUAAAGUCGCCUUCUAGUUCGUCGUCGAUAUACGACAACGUAGAAGUGAAGACUGAGCCUGUGUCUGAUAGUGAAUCGACAAGCACUUGUUGGAGUUAUAAAGAAUGCAGCACAGACGCCGAGAACGAUGGGAAGGAUGCAUACGCAGCGAUGUGGUACCAGUCGAGUGGUUUCCACAAGUCAGACGAAAUACUGCAGCGGGUGUUAGCGCAGCACCACGCGACAAUAUCUCGAUUGUCUUUCCAUACGGCCGGCGAGCUGUUGCCGAAUAGGUACUCGGUGUACGCGUUGCACGAGGUGGGAGACCCGGGCAGGUGUGUCACGGAGCCGGAGUCAGUCGCUAUGACGCGCCACAAGCCGCUCGACGACGGCUACGAGCCGGUCCGCGACGCGAUCACCGACGAAAACAUUUACGAAGAAAUCGAGUAUGGAUACAGUUACACAGACGAAGGCUGCUCGUGCGGAGGCAGUAUCGAGGUGGAGAGUGUGUCCAUGAGUGCCAGCUCCGAUGGUGCGGGCCGGGAGAGCCCCUUGUACGCGAACAUGAGGGACCACGACGCGUAUGCGGUGACCUCUGACGUGAUAUUCUGGAAGAAUAUGCUGUUAGACCCGUAUUACAACGACGACGAGGAGGACGAGUGGAUCACCCCUGAAGAAUGCGCCGUGUACAGCAGGGAACAGCGGCCGCCUCUAGUCAUCCCUCGCAUCACCCAGUACCGCACUCCCAAGAGGGAAGUGAAGCAGCAUUUGGGGCAUUCUUACCAAGAGGAGAAUAUUAAUGAACCGUCAGUGAAGUCGUCGGUGCGCCAGUAUGAGAGGCUGCAGGACUGGAGCCCUACCUCGGAGCGGAGCCGAGUGGAGCUGGAGCGGAGCUUCAGCAAGGCCAACUCCGACAGCCCACCGCUGGCCAGGAUCAACAAGAGGCUGGGUAACUCCACCGAAAACCUCCUGUUCCCCAACAACCGAAGACCGAACCAUCUACAGCUGCCAGCAUCUUCGUCCGGGGACAGCCUGGAUGUGGAGAUCCGGGAGAGAGAGCCAGGGUAUACUAAGAGCCGAAAAUCCCGGUCCAUGGUCGCUCCAAAGCACCGAAUGAGGUCCCCAGUGCCUGCACCAAGGAUGCUGCUUCAUCAGCCCGCUGAGGCGACAGUGAUCCUCGAAGGACCAGUGAAGCGCACCAAGUUCUCGGAAAGCGGGAAGAAGAGCAAGAAGAACUGGAACGACUGCUACAUGAUCCUCACCCCGACCGCGCUCGUCUUCUACAAGGACCAGAAGACGUAUCUGGCAACUCGCAUGCCCAAGCCGCCGGGCACGCCGCCAUCGCCGGCGGCGCCACGCGCAGAGCUGGUGCUGCCUCUGCGUAAUGCCCACGUGAUGCAGUGCAUUCAAAUGCACACCAAGAGGUACACGAGAUCGAUGGUGCUCACGGUCGGGUACGACCAGUACCUGCUGCAGGAUGAGACGGACGAAGGCGCUAAGCGGUGGCUGAUGAACAUCCAAAACAUUAUCUACAAGCUGGGUCCUCCAAUGCUGGAAGACUUCCACUCCCCGCAGUAUACAAGCAGCAAUACAGACCUGGAAAGCCUGGGCAGGACCCCCCCAGCGGCCCGCCACGCCACAAGGAACAAACACAAAGGUUGGUCCCACAAAUAUUCCUAGCGUACCCCAAGGCACAGUUUUAUGCCCAGCGCGACUUUGUCAAAGGCCUUCCAGAGAUCUCUGAAGAUGGGAAGAGGUAUAUUUUGAAGUGAGUAUUUGAUUGAUGUAUAAUUUUAUCGGGGCUACAUUUUUCUUCUAA